AUGGAAGAUAAGCCUUACGCAACGUUUCACAAGAGAAAAAAAACAAGAGCGAAUGCAAAAGUAAGCAGAGAAAAAAUUAAGAAGAACUUUUUGAGAAAUGAAAAAUUCAUCCGAGUUUCAACGAUAAGCAAAAGUUCGACGAAGAAAACGUUUUUACAUACCUUGUUCAAAAGUUUUAUCAAGCCGUACAAUGAGAAGAACACAGCGUUUUACUCCAUUUUGUGUAUAAUUAAUAACAUCUACAAAUGCCACUACUUUUCGAAGCACCGCUGCUUGAUUUGCAAGCCACUGCACGAAAGGAGUGCAUCCGUAUUGCAGGGGGGAGGUGCCUACUAUGAUGGCUGCGAUGGGGAGGACAGCGCGUCUGCCACCGCCACGGUCACUUUCCCAUAUGACAUAUAUUACAACUUGCGCAAAAUCAAUUUGAUUGAGUCUGGAAAAUUGAAGAGCAGCGCGAGUGGCGGCAAAUCGGAAGGGAGCCGCCAAGUGAGUGAGGCAGAGGGGAACCACAGUGCGCGGGAGAAGGAAAGUUCAGAAGCAGAACCGAACAGAGGGGUGUUACUGUUGGAUCCAGCGAAAAGGAAAAUAGCGGAGGGUGGAAAUGAGAGCGAAAGUGAGGCAAAAAAUGGGGCCGCACGUAGAGUAACCACGGGGGUGGUGAAUGCCCCUGUUGGGGAAAAAAACGCACGCGAGUGCCCCCAUCUGGAGAACAAAACCAGUCAGCAAGUAGAUGCAGCAAAACCGAAUGCCUUAAAUAACAGGCCAAGAUCAAGCGCAACGGUGGUGAGGAAAAACGUUUCCGUUACCGAUAAGGAAGUAUCCCCAAUCAGUGGACCGAUCCAAAAUUUUAUAAAUGCAAAGUUAAACCUUACCAAUGUGCAGCACUACUACUUCCUAUCACACGACAAGAAACACUUUGAAGAUCUAUACAAUUUCGAUGUGUUCGAAAAGAUAAAUAUAUUCGACAAAAUUUUACUGGACUUAAACCAAAAUGAAAUACAUCCUAAUGUAUUAAGGACAGGAAUUUUUUUUAACAAAUAUUUGAAUACCACCCACAAUGACAGGAAUGUGGAUUUGUUGACAGCCCUCAAAUCUUUUAUUAAGGACUACUCCCUCCCUCCAUACGAACCAAUUAACAGACAUAUGAAAAUUGUGAUAGAUAAAGAAAUAAAUUACAUAAUAAUGUGCAAAAAGCAUAGCAUCAGCAUGGGGGAAGUAAUCAGAUGGUUUAAAAAUAUGAUUACAGAACAUAUAGGAAAAAAUGUGCUAGAGCAGACCAAGGUAAUAAUUACGAACAAUAUUAAUAAUUAUAUAAGAACCAAAAUUGUCAUGCCUUCAAUAAGAAUUUCUAACUAUGUAGCGGAGCAUAUCAUUGCCCACAACGAUAUUUUGCUAAUCUACACAUUUGAUUAUGACAUAUAUUUGUCUAUCGUCAAGGCGAAGAGAAGUGGUAAAAAAUUCGAAAUCGUUUUGGUUGACUCGGAACCUUAUAAAAAUUCAUAUGAUAUUAAAUUGUAUACGAAACUUGGGAUCCCAGUUACGUACACAUUAAUUGGGGCCUUAUUUUAUAAUAUAAAAAAUUGCACCAAAGUGCUGCUAGGGAUUGAUGCCAUUAUACAUAAUAGUGUUUAUGCCUAUGUGGGUACCAGCAUUAUAUGCAUGAUGGCUCACCUUAGCAAUGUGCCUGUUUAUAUUGCUUGUGAAACGUACAAAAUCAGUAACAAAAUUAUUAUUGACAGUUUUAGCAUAAAUAAUAUUAACAAUAAUUUGGAUAUUUAUAAUUAUAUAUACAUGCACCACCAUCCGCACCACAGACACCAUAGUCACUACGACCACUACCGACACCAGCAGAGGCCGCAACAUCAGCAGCAACAGCAGCAUGCGGCCUCCCAGAAAAGUGCCCCCAAAAGGAAUAAAUGCAUAGACCACGGGGUGAUGUUUAACCGGAAAUUAAACACAUUCAUUAAUUCCUACGCUGAUAUAAGCUCAAGUGCAGUCCUUUUUAAUAAUCGCGAAAUUGGCUCAGGAAGCGGUGCGCCUUGCAAGCCCCUUAUCAAAUAUUUCGCUGUAGAAGCAGGGAAAAAACGGCAAGAUGCUUUUUCCCCCUCUAGUAGGCGACCAAACCAAGCGCAGGAAAAGGUCUACCUAUUAGAAGUAGCGCCACCACCACCCUCCAUUCGUGGUAACCCAAACGGGAUUCUUCUCAAAGGAGAUCUUAAAAUAAAUUGUCAACCAAGUGAAUCGAAGGAUCACCCAGGGAACAGCCAUCCAGAAGUCCUAAAAAACAAUAACGAUCCCUCCCCGAGUAGUUGCAAUACCUUCCUCAAAGAUGCAGACACUACGCACAGCGGAAGGGACGCUUCCACAUUGUCCCCCAAGCAUGACGAACCAAAAAGAGAAACGCCCAUUCAGACGAAGCAGGAAUAUCCCCACGAGGAGGAAGAAGCAAGUGCCAACAGAAAGAGCGAGGUUGGUAGGAGGGGGCCCGGGAAAGAAGUCAAAAUAAUCACCACUGCAAGUGUGCUUACAACCAGAAGUACGAGCAAAGUAGGAUCAACCAAGGGGAUACUGAAACUACCAGGAAGAACAUCCUACGAAAAUAAAAAUGAAAAAAGUAACUCUCUUUUAAGUAGUAAACAGAAUUGUGGAAACGUUCCUAGUCCAAGUAAAAAUGUUGUUAAAAAGAAUAGAGUGCUUUUUAAUCUUAAAAAUGACAAAAGUAGUUAUUCCCCCAGUUUUAACAGCCACGUUGGUGCCCCUUCGAAUAACUUGAGCGCGCACAUGGAAGCCUGCGAAAGUGACGAAGAAAAAAUAUGCUGCAACAGCAUUUGUGAUUCUAUUUGCACCUCCAUUGGAAAUAUGAACAUAAAAAAUGUAUGCACAGAUACACAUAACGAGACGAACCUGUUCAGUUCCGUCCAAUCGCACAUAAGCAAAAUUAAUUCCACCACGGACAAGUCUUUUUACGUUGCCAAUAUAUGUAAUGAUGUCACUCCGCUGAAGCACAUCACCUAUAUCGUCACGGAGGUGGGCUUAUACACGAGCGCAAACAGGAACGCAUUAAAGGUGUUCGUUCAGAAUAACUUCUAG